GAUCGUUGAGCAAGUUUUCAAUAUUAUUUGUGGUUGUAUUUGACAAACUAGAAAUUCAACAUGAAAUUCAAUUGGGAACUGUGGCGUUCACGGUCCAUUGUAUUGACAGCUUUGUCCAUAUUUCUGGGUUCAUUUUUUAUAUUGAUGGGCAUACUGAAAUUAUCACCAAUCAUAAGCCCGGAAAUCCACCGUGAAUUACGACGAAAUUUCAUUCAUUUUGCCAAACUAACACCAAUUUGGACGACAUAUUUUGGAUGGAAAAUACCGGCCCGUUACUAUCGAAUUGGUUGGGGCACAAUCGAAUCAUCGGCCGGAUUUAUUUUGAUUUUCAUACCGUUUCGGCGUUUGAAAAUCAUUGCCAACAUAGUGCUAUUGUUGUUAACAUUGUUUUCCAUUCUAAAUCAUCACAGUGCUGGACAUCGAUUCGAUCGUAUCGCACCAUGCAUUGUAUUCACAUUGAUGUUAGCAUGUCGAUUGGUUGUCGAAUAUCAAGUUCAACGGCGAACAAAUCGAGCAGCAUUCAUAACAUCAUCUGUAAAUGGAAAUCAUCAUCCGACCAUUGAUAAUAAUCACAUUGAUGAUGAUGACCAAUUUGAUGACAAUAGAAUUGAACAACCUAUUAAUCAUGCCAAAGUUGAUUAGAUAAUUAAUUCGAAUUUUUUCUUUUGUCUGCUACUGAUACUAUGACGCCGACUGGUGGAGAAAUAAACAAGCUUUU